AAUGGGAAAGUCUUCGACGUGACCAAAGGCAGCAAGUUCUACGGUCCCGCGGGCCCAUAUGGGAUCUUUGCUGGCAGGGAUGCCUCCAGGGGGCUGGCGACAUUCUGCCUGGAUAAGGAUGCACUUAGAGAUGAGUAUGAUGACCUCUCAGAUUUGAAUGCCGUGCAAAUGGAGAGUGUUCGAGAAUGGGAAAUGCAGUUUAAAGAAAAAUAUGAUUAUGUAGGCAGACUCCUAAAGCCAGGGGAAGAACCAUCAGAGUACACAGAUGAGGAGGACACCAAGGAUCACAGUAAACAGGAUUGAACUUUGUGAACAACCAAAGCCAGGGGCCUUCAGAACUGCAACUCUCACUCCUUUCAGAGAAUGUCCAGUCUUUGGGUGUGGUGCACCUGCUGUGAGAAACACUUCACCAGAGUGUACACUAUGAUGUGCUUCACUGUGAAGAUCUGAAUAUGAGGCAUUCAUUAUUUGCGCUGCCGGAUGGAUCUGUUGCAGUUGUUUGUAAUGUCUGGUGGGCUUCAUCAUCCUGAAAAGGAGACAGGGCCUUCUUAACUGCAAGAAAGUCACCAGGUUAUUUUUACCCCCUCACCUCCCUCUCUCCUUUCUCUUCCUUCUUUCUUCCCUCUUUUCUUUUCCUCCUUCCUCUCUCUGCCUUCCUGUUCCCCACCCCUUCAAUAUCUCUCUUUUAAAACAAAACAAAAAAGUAUCAAAGACAACCAGAUAGGUAUUUGCUACUCAAGUGUACAGAUCUCUGGAAACAGCAAGGGAUCCUGUUUCACAGGCUGUUUUAUUUGUGUUAAGGGAAGAACCCUGGGCAGGGGAUUGGCGGUUACACAUUCGUUUAAGAAGUCAGGCUACUGAAAAAUUAAAGGUGAAUUCCCAAACUUUUUUUUUUUCUGGGCUUCGUCAGGGAAGAGGGAAAAAAAAGUUUCCUUCUAAGAAAGAUUUGGAAAUUAGAGGGACUUCCAGUGGCUUGAAGUCAGCAAUUUCCCAGCUAAGAUCAUUUGAAAUCAGUUUUAUUUCCUUCCCUUCCUUCCGCUAGGUCAAAUCAAUAUUAAUUGUGCCUUAUUUCACUUCCAUAAACUUGAAUUAUUUUUAGGAAAAGCCCCUCUGUGAAUUCAGAAGUCACUACAAGCAGCAUUGAGACUGAGGUUGAUGUCAUUCUGUAUGUAGAAUGUAAGAGGAAUACUCAGUGUUAACUGCCAUGUGUUAAUACACAAACAUAGCUAGCAUUGUGAUGGCCAAAUGCAUCCCCUAUGCUUUUUUCUUUUCCAAGAAAAAUUGAAAAAUCAACAGCUUCCCCAACAGCUGCCUAAUUUUAGGAGUCUGACCCUCACAUGUCACUGGUGUGGGUGCGUGGGGCCGUGGUAUGAAUGUCUGUGUGGGUGAGUCUGAUGUGUGUGAGAGCACCUUGGGAGGGACUCUUUCUGCGAUGCUGUAAAUACGAGUACCGUUUUAAUAAAGCAUGUACAAUAAACCAAAUAAGCUCGAGUUGGACUCUAAAUGUAAAUGCAGAGUGGUGAGCCAGUGUGUCAUAUACUACUAAGACUGCAUUUGAUUCAGGAUGAGGAAAAAACUCUUGGAAAUGAAAAUCAGACACUGGUUAGCCAAGCUGUAUAUGUACCAUGUUCAAUGUAACUUCUGAAGCAAUUCCACCCUGGUGGAACACUCCCAAUGUGGGAUCAUUCAGGUAAGAAGUGGUGUAUUACAGUGUACAUAUUUGUACUUAGGCUUUGAGCCGCUGGUUAUGCUAGAAGCACUAGCCUUCCAAGCAGUAGCUGACAAACAAGCAGUAUUACUGAUAGCUGUUAAAUCCCUUCAUUGUUAGUUGGGAAAGUUCUACUUCAGAGCCUGCUUAGUUCACAUUUUGGCUUCAUCUUGAUAGAUUCUUGGUCAGGGACAAGUUGCUCCCACAUAGGAAAGCCCAAAAUGGGUGACAUGAAAAGACUUGUGCCUGUUGGGUGUGUUAUAAAGAAACCAUCAAGAUGGCGUGCCUGGUAAGCAGAAGAGUGCAAAAUGCUACACUCCUAUGCAGUCCUGGAAUAUUCUCUAGAAAAGUGUGGUUGUCACCAGAUUCUGGCUGAAGAGCUCAUGUGAUGACUAAAGACUGUGGAUAAAUGGUUUCUUUUUUAUGUAAAAUAUUUUCUAAUAAAUUGUUAAAGUAUAUAUCCUCUGAUGUAGUAAACUGGUGUAUCUGAACCAUUGGACCUGAAGGUUGAUACUCUGCAUCUGUGAGAAGCCUCAGGCAUUCAUGCAGUAAAAACAAUGUGUUUUGUUUUUUAAAAGGAAGUGGUUUUGUGUUUUGGACUUGAAAUAAACUGUGUUCUAUAGAUAA